AUGUCAACAGAACCCGAGCGCUUCUUCCCUUUCCACUCCUCCCACCUCUCCUCUGUAUCUUCCAUCACCUGGCUGCAACCGUGCCGGCCACAGAGAGCAUGGAUUGCGCGUUUCCUUCCCAACGCGCGGCGCCCGCUGUCGCAGGUCCUACUGGCGCAAAUACCAGCUCCGCCCUUCUCCGCGAGCCCAGCAGCAGCGUCCAUGGGCGUGGUCCCGGGGAGUCGCUUGCGCCGAGAGAGCGGGAGAGGCAGGGGCACGAGCGUCGACACGAGAAUAGGUACGGGUAGGGAGGGCGGCAGCGGGAGGUGGCGGAGAGGGAGUGAGAGCAGCGCGAGUGUGGAGUUCGCGGGUGGCCCUCAUGUGGGCGCCAUGAUUUCCCCGCGGGGCAGCAGCUCUGCUAGCACGAGCACGAACACGGGCAGGGGCAGCAGCGCGCAUGUGAGCCACCUGGACGCCGCUCUCAUUGGCCCCAGUGCUGCUGCGGCGUUCACUGCUGAUGUUCACGCCAUGGCCGGGCCUGCUGCCCUGCGCAACCCCGGGCUUGCUGUGCAUGGUGGCGCUGGUGCUGAGCCACAGCAAGCGCAGCCAGCACAGGGGGGGCAGCAGGCGCAGGGGAGAGAGCAGUGGUGGGGGGGACGCGGGUACCGGGAGGAGUGGGUGUCGGCAGGGUAUGGGUACGCAGACUUCCUCACAGCAGAGGUGGCGGAGUUUUUGAUGGCGAGGGAGGAGGCGCUGGUGCUGAAAGGGCAGCAGCUGGCACUGCAGUGCACCAUGGAGCAGCGCCGCGAGCCUGAGGGGCUGCUCUCCCACGCCAAUGCAAAGGCGGGUGAGCGGGGGAGGGGUGGUGUAGGGUGGGGAGGCCGCGCGGCAGGAGAGGGGGGUGCAAGGGAGGAUGCAGGUGCAGCGCUCUGUGGUGGCUCCCUGACGUCCAUCCCCCUGGCGUUCCAGCGAGUGGAGUACAAGCUGGAGUGGCGCAUGCGGGACGUGCGCCUGUGGGGCACCAAGGACGGCACCCCCCGCGACACAGACGGGCCCGGCCUCACCUCCUUGCUGCUGCUGCUGCUCUUUGUGCCGCCUGCCGUGUUCUCACGUGCAUGUGACGACGACGUGUGGCAGCUGGAGCCCGACAGAUGGUUCCCUGAUGAUGGCGACCCGUGGACCCGAACCACUGACGAGCACUUCCUCCCCGCGGGGGCGAGGGCGGGCGCUUGUACAAGCGCAGCAGCAGGCGCGUGUGUGGGCGUUGGGGAUGAUGGAAGGGGAGGUGCUGGUGCGAGGCGGUGGGACAGUGGGCCUGGUAGCAGUGGAGGCCGUGGCGUGAGUGGGUGGAAGGGGCGGGUGUGGAGUGGAGGGGUGUUGGGAGCGGCGUCGGUGAUGCAGGUGUCAGUGUCGGUGCGGCAUGGCAUCCAUGUGAGGCGCAUAGCAGAGCACAUGCGCACUGCAUUGCUGCACCUCAGAGCACGCUACCUGGGCAACCCACCGCGCGUCGCCAUCACCGCCCACUAUGCUGCCGCCCCGCCCAUCAACCUCAUCCUUUUCAUCUCUCUCGACCCGUCCUCGCUCCCCAAUACCACCCAAGGCACAAUCCCCCCCACUGCCGUGACUGCCUCCUUGUACCGCACUCCGGCGUACGAGCCUGUGCCCGCUGCCGUGGCGGUGCUGAUGGAGUUCCUCCGCUUCUCCCGCCCUGAAUUCGACCCCGCCAGGAAGUUCUGCCAGAUCGUCCGCGCCAUGCGCCACCACGGUUGGCUGCAGACGCGAGGAGGCACCGAUACGGGGCGAGCCAAGGAACCAGAAGGGACGCGUGAGCACCAGAGUGAGAGGGGAGCAGAGCAGCAAGGGUCAGUUAUGGGAGAGUUGGAACUGCAGCCGCAGUCGCAGCAGGAACAACGAGACACGGAGGAGAAGGCAGGGGAAGCGAGCGAAGGGGAGAGCAGCACGUGGCCGUGGAGGCUACCAGCGAACCACGUGGUGGUGUUCCGGCUGCUCAUCACACCGCUGGGCGCGCAGUGCUGCUUGCCGGGCGUGGAGCUGACCAACCGCGUGCUCACGCACUACCGCCCCCACGCGCACCACUUCCUGCGCGUCACCUUCACGGACGAGGGCCUAAAGACCCUGUCACCCUGA